GGUUUAAGUAUCCCCCGAGUAUCUCCUUGUACAUCAUGUUCUGUGUUCUUUCAGGUCAAAACCAGGUGUUCAUGAUGUGGGCAGUCGGACUUAUUUUGCUCUACUCUCUCGCUACACAGGCGACAUCGCAAGAAAUUCAAGUGGAGUGUCGCGAAUGUGAGCUCCCUUCCUUCAGUGAUAAAGCUCCGUCUGUCCUGGUGGACCUGAAAGUGGCGCCAGUCACUGAUGAAGAGAUACAAAUGAACAUAAGUUGGGCAAUCAACAUUGAUGCUAGUAUUGAAUAUCUGACCGGCACCCGGAUAGUGAUUCAGGGGGAAUCCACGCACGUCUGUGAAUACAAACCAGCUCUGGCAGAGGCAGACCUCGGUGGAUCCAAGCAGAAAUGGUUUUAUUAUUUAGUAAAUGCAAAGAAGGGCUCAAACAGCAUCCAAGCUGCCAAUCAGCCAAUGCAUCUAGGGGAAAGCAGCAUGCCAUAUAAGUCUGUCUCAAUCGAAAUACCCGGCCCAAAACAGCGUGUUACCCCAAAACAACAACAAAUCACAGUUGCUACAGAGUUAAAAGAAGCUGUCCCUGGUAAUGUCGACUUCAUAGUUAGUAGAGAGUUAAAAGAAACCGUCCCUGGUAAUGUCGACUUCACCAGCAUUACCUCGGCCAUUUUUGGAGGACUGGCCGGUUUGAUGACCCUGAGUUCCUGCUACAUAUUGUAUUUAAGAUAUGGAGCAAACGUCGCCACCUUCGUGGGUUUCAAAAAGUUGCCCGCGUCUCCCGUGGCCCCCGUGCCCGUCCUUGUGGUGUACGCCGCUGAGGAUCCAGCCUUCCAGGGGGCCGUGGUGGCCUUGGUGGAGUUCCUGCAGUCGUACGGCGGAUGCAGCGUGGCCGUGGACAUGUGGCAACAGAGGAAGAUCGCAGAGCUGGGCCCAAUGCGCUGGUUGGCAGAAAAAGUCAAGACGGCCCAAAGGGUCCUCAUCGUCUGCCCAAAGUCCUCUCUAAGAAGCAGCCGCUGUCCUCCCAAUCACACCUUCCCAGAGCCUUCAAUCCCAGCUUCAGCUCCGGACCUUUACCCCCUCAUUCUCAACAUGGUGGCGGGCCACGCAAAGAGUUCCAGAGACUUGGCCAAGUUCUGCGUCGUGCAGCUGAGCGAGGAGCAGGACAACAGGCCCCGCAACCUCGCGCCUGAACUGCGUGCCUGCAGGAGUUUUUGUUUGAUGAAGGACUUGACCAAGCUGUGCAGGAGUCUUCACGGCAAGGAUCAGGAUGCCAAGAUAUCCGAUUUAAUCUUCCGACCGAGGAUCGUCUACACGGAAAAGUGUACAGGGAAGUUAAGGGAAGCUAUAAAAAAGAUUGGAGGACACGAGCCAAACAUUUCCAGAGAGGCAGAACCAUUGAAAUCUGUGGUUUCCAUUAUUUGAAGAUUUGUAAUGGGUCAUGUGGUGGAUUCCCCCAACAGGUCAGAAUAGUUUAUAGCUGAGUUUUUAUUACGCUUUCCACAGUGCAUUUACAUGAAUCUAUUUUAUUCCAGUAUACUUUGAUUAUUUUGCUAACCAAAACACAGGCUUAGACCGCUUGAUUAAUUUCUUUUUAUUUUCCAGUACUGCAUAAUGUAACGAGUUACUCUAUUUUGUAAUAACGCCGUUUUUGUUUUUCACCUCAAACAUGCCAGGUGUAUCAUCCAGCAUAAUUUUCAUUUUGUAGAAAUUGUAAGCUGAUGAAUACUCCAUUUCCCUCUUCUUUGUUUAUGUAAUAGCUUUAAGAAAUAAUGCAUGCAUUGUUUUUGUUUAUUUACUGUAUUUCAUUUGGAAUUAUUAAAUUGCCUUGCAUUAAAGAUAGAGGUGGCUGCCAAGAUAGACCUGCAUCAUGUGAGCCUAAACGGGAUUAAUUCACGGUUCAUACACACAUGUCAGGGAAAGAAUGAAUGAAUGAACUAUCCUACUGCAAAUAGGCCACGGGGCCCAUAAUACCAGGGUCUUUGUUAAAAGUGUGGCCGAGCAAUUUGUUUCUGUUAUUUUUUGUUAUCGUCCGUGUGGGAUGAGUCACGCAAACUUUUGUACUAAAAAUGAUUACGUCUGCAGGAUUGUAGUCAGUGUUCUGUGGAGUUUUUACAGCAUCAUUGCUCAACAGCCACACGGAAUUAAAAUGAUAUCUCAACUAAG